UAUGAUGGGUCUGACAACAUUACCAGAGUCUUUUUGGGGAAAGCACUAUUAACAGCCGCACACACACUCAAUCGCGUACCAUCUAAGGCUGUUGAGAGCACACCAUACGAGUUAUGGCGUGGGACAAAACCAAAUUUGUCGUACUUGAGGAUUUGGGGUUGUGAUGUUUACGUUAGACGCCUCAUGACGUCUGGUAAGCUAGAUUCCAAAUCAGACAGGUGUAAAUUUGUGGGAUACCCUAAGGAAACGAAAGGGUAUGAGUUCUAUCAUCCGACCGAUAACAAAAUCUUUGUUGCUCGGAACGGAACCUUCCUUGAGAAGGAGUUUCUCUCUGCUAUUUCUAGUGGGAGAAAGGUAGACCUCGAAGAAAUUCGAGAACCACAAGAAGAGAUCUCAACAGUAGUGGAACCCGAGCGUCAAGAUUUAGUAUCUCGACCGGCUCAGGUUUUACCACGUAGGUCAGACCGGAUGCGUAAUCCUCCGGUUAGAUACGGUUUCCUUGUAUCUGAUGAAGGUGACGUCUUGCUGGUAGACCAAGGCGAACCUGAGACCUACCUCGAGGCAAUCAC